UGCUACCCAUCUGAGCCUGGGAAUCAGACUAUUUAAAAAUAUUACAUAAGUAAGGUACCACAAAAUUCCUGAAAAAAACUUUUAAAACUUUAAUUUAUGCUACAUAAGGUUACAAUACCAUGUGACGGACAUCACAAUAGAAAUCAUUCAUCCUGAAUUUCACAUUUGAAUUCAACUGGAAUCAUAAUGGAGUUUCGAGUCAUAUUAAGUCUUCCAUUUCUUGCAGCUGCUGUUGCUGCUGAUGCACUUGGAAUUGCCAAUGCUACAUCUUCUCUUGAAUCUACCGGGCCAACAACACCCACAGUUCCUCCAACAUCCACAUCUGUUCCUUCAAUAACAACAAACACAAUUGCUCCCAGAACAACCACAGUCACUCGCACAACGACCGCUGUUUUCCCAACAUCAGAAACAGCUUUGGCAUCCACAUCUGUUGCCCAACUAACUAUAACUGUUCCAACAACUCCAGCUGUUCCAACAACUGCAGGUGUUUCUUCAGCAACCAUCACAGUUGCUCCAACAACUACAACUGAACCUCUAACAACCGCAGCCUCUCCCACAACUACAUCUGCUAAUUCAACAGCAACUUUUACUCCCACCAAUGUCACCACUGCAUCUGUGACAACCACUGUUUCUCCAACAACCACCAUCCUACCUCCAACAACUACAGCUAGCCUUGCACCAACAACCACAGUUGUACCUCAAAUUACAACCUCUACCAAUGAUCAAACAACUACAACUGUUCCUACAACAGCCACAGUAGCCCCAACAACUACAACAGUGACUAGUACUUCAUAUGCUCCUCCAACAACCACCACUAAUCCUCCAGCAACAUCUAGAUCUAUUCCUCCAACAGUGACCACAAGUCCUCCAACAAUUACAACUGUUAAUCCUACCAUAUCCACCAUUGCACCUACAACUACAGUUUCUUCAACAACAACCACUUCAUCUGCUUCAACAACUACAGCUGUUCCUCUAACAAUUACUACAGUCCCUCCUGCCAUAACUUCAAUUUCAUCCGCAACAACCACAGUUGUACCCCGAACAACCACAGCCACUCCAACAACCACAGUGGUACCUCUAACAGCAACUACAGCUGCACAAACAACUGCAGCUGUUCCUUCAACAACAACAAUAGCUGUUCCUCCAAUAAUGACAACAGUUGCUCCAACUGCUCCUCCUGUCAUAACUACAGUUAUGACAGCCACAGUUUUUCCAACAACUAUCAGCCCUGCACCAACAACCACUAUUGUAACUCAAACAACCACAGUUACCCCAGCAACUACAACUACACCUACAUCAACCACAGUUGCUCCUUCAAAUAUCACAGUUACUUCAACUACAUUUGUUCCUCAAACAGCUGCAACUAAUCCACCAGUAACCACCACAAUUUUACCAAGAACUACAAUUCCUUCUACAGUAACCACAACCAGAACUAGAACCACAGCUGCUUCCACAACUACCACCACAGCUGCAACUGUUCCUCCAACAACAACCAUCCUUCCUCCAACAGCUACAGCUAGCCUUGCACCAACAACCACAGUUGUACCUCAAAUUACAACCUCUACCAAUGAUCAAACAACUACAACUGUUCCUACAACAGCCACAGUAGCCCCAACAACUACAACAGUGACUAGUACUUCAUCUGCUCCUCCAACAACAACCACCACUAAUCCUCCAGCAACAUCUAGAUCUAUUCCUCCAACAGUGACCACAAGUCCUCCAACAAUUACAACUGUUAAUCCUACCAUAUCCACCAUUGCACCUACAACCACAGUUUCUUCAACAACAACCACUUCAUCUGCUUCAACAACUACAGCUGUUCCUCUAACAAUUACUACUGUUCCUCCUGCCAUAACUUCAAUUUCAUCUGCAACAACCACAGUUGUACCCCGAACAACCACAGCCACUCCAACAACCACAGUGGUACCUCUAACAGCAACUACAGCUGCACAAACAACUACAGCUGUUCCUUCAACAACAACAAUAGCUGUUCCUCCAAUAAUGACAACAGUUGCUCCAACUGCUCCUCCUGUCAUAACUACAGUUGCACCAGCAACAGGCACAGUUUUUCCAACAACUAUCAGCCCUGCACCAACAACCACUGUUGUAACUCAAACAACCACAGUUACCCCAACAACUACAACUACACCUACAUCAACCACAGUUGCUCCUUCAAAUAUCACAGUUACUUCAACUACAUUUGUUCCUCAAACAGCUGCAACUAAUCCACCAGUAACCACCACAAUUGUACCAAGAACUACAAUUCCUUCAACAGUAACCACAACCAGAACUAGAACCACAACUGCUUCCACAACUACCACCUCAGCUGCAACUGUUCCUCUAACAACAACCAUCCUUCCUCCAACAACUACAGCUAUUCCUCCAACAACUACAGUAGUUUCUGCAACUACAGCAGUAGUUACAGAACCAACUACCACUGGUCCUGCAACAGCAACCACAAUUACACCAACAACUACAUCUGUUCCUCUAACAACAACUAUAAAUGCUCCAACAACAACAAAACCUGCUUCAACAACCCGUCUUUCACCACGAACAACUACAGUUGCUCCUACAACCACAAAAGUUACUUUAAAAGCAACCAGUGUCACUCAGUCAACUGCUGGUAUAACAUUAGCCACAAUUUUGAAAAAAACCACAAGUACAUCUUCUACUGUUGCCCAACCAACUACCACUAGGAGAGCAACCACAGAUGUUCCAACCACUACUAUUAAUGCCAGGACAACUUUCUACAAGUUUCUACAAAAACAGCAACAACUGCCCUUACCACUACUGUAAAUGGUUCAAGUGGAGAAAUCCACAAGAUGAGCUUCAUCUCCUUGUUCUGCAUGGUGGCUUUGUCACUGUUACUAUUGAACCAGUAUGAAUAUUACAUUUUUCUAUUUCUUAAAAGGAAGAUAUUAAUCAAAAUGGAUUUUGGCACAAAUAGGCCUAGAAAAUAUUAUUGAUACAACUGAACCUUCAGGAAGUAUUGCUUUAGCUAAUAGGCUGGAGAAUAAGUCUGAAAUGAAAACACCUUUCAGCAAGUGAGAGUUGCAACUUUUUCAGCAAGAGUUGCAACUUUUUAUGUAAAUCACUCAUUGUUUUAAUACCAAACCAAGGAGACGGAUAAAAAAAUUACUUUUAACACAUUUGAGUCCAAGUCCAGCCUUUUUGGAUUCAGACCCCCUGGAGGGGUAAAUAUAUAUAUAUAUAUACAUCUACAAGCAGCAGAAACGUACAAAAAUUACAACCUAAUCUAUGUGAACUACAGUAUAAGUGCAGUCAAAAAUACACAUUUUAUGCCCCAAACUUCAAAGCCAAAACUGUGAGUACUUUAUAAGCAACGACUGGGAGCUCUAUAAGGAAAACCAGAACAUUGAAUCUGGAGUUUCUGAUCCUGAGCAAGCAUCAAGUGACAGUGGGGACGACUAUCUCAAUUUAACAGAAGAAAACCUUCAGCAGUUUGAGUCUGACAGGACAGAAACAAGACAUUAUAAAACACUGGGCCACAUGUCUUUGUAUGGAAACUGACCAACCACAUCUGAUAAUGCUAAAGAGUAUGACCUGAAGACAAUAUUCAAAUAUUUUCAGGUGACUUGCAAGAAACUUGUUUGAAUAAUGGCUGUAGGGAGAAAGUUAUUUUUGUCCAAGUUACAUAGUGGGGUAUUAUAUUGGUGCAACUGAGAAUCUGUCCAAUGUUUCACUGGAUAGAGAAGAAUAUGAGCAAGGAAGCCGAGUGUCUAUUGAUUAAGUAAUUAUUUCCAAAUAUUUGUUCAUCAAUGAGGUCUAGAUAAUGAAAAUACUAGUAUAAAGACAUUAGCAUAUGUCCAAAACAUUUCAGCUUUCAUUUUUGGUGAGUACUUUUGUUCAUUUAGUACCACACUGUACGUAUUUUUGCCACGUUGUAUAUGUUUAGAACGGCAUUGCUUGAGCUUCGAUUUUAAUGUGUAAACGAGGACAUGUAAAUCUCCUAGUUGGAAAUGCAGAAAUGAGCUAUUUGUUGUUAAUGUUUAAUUGAUCUUCAUCAUCUUCGUUUUAUUUUUACUCAUUUGUAGAUUAAAUUUAAACAUGGUUUAAACACCUUUAUCUAGCCAUAGUUAACUCUGGACCUGUGAAUUAUUGCAGAAUUGCUCAAUUCACAGUUUCAGAUUGUGUAUAAUUAACAGGCUGCUGUUAAUUAUAUUUUUCAAGUAAUCUACUCUUCUGUUUUUUUAAGCAAACAUCUGCCCGCUCUCACUGCGGCCUUUGUUCAUAGCUAUGCCAUGAUUCUGGGGUGCUUAGGCUUUCAUCUAUAUUUUUGUAUUUUGAUUAUUUCCUUGUUAAUCUGCUUCAUGUUUGAGUUUAUAAAUCAUGAUAAACGUUUUUUUUUUGGCCCAAAUGGUCACACUAAACUCCAUGCCCCUCUGUGAGGCCUGUACUCAGUCAAACUGCACAUAAGGGUACAAAAACACAUCAAACUUAGAGUUGUGACAGUACGCAUCUGUGUUGUUAUGUUAUUAUGACUUGUUGAAUACAAAACUUGCUUUGUAUAGUCACACAACUAAAGAAUAAUGAAACAAAAAUAAUUUCACCACUUUACAUUUGAAUCUGCUUUUUAAUUCAAAACGUCACAUGCAGUGAUGAAUUGCGGGGGAACCGAAGUCCAGUUGGAUGUGGACAGAAACAAAAGAAGUAAUGUCCAAAUUUAGGCAAAGAAGCUAAAGCCUCCAACUAGAAGGUGCUGAAAAUGUUAUUGUUUUACUCGAUAGCCUCCUAUGUUGCUCUCUCUUUCCCUAAAAAUCUCAAACAAAGACAGGUCCUGUAGUUGUGAAAAUGUGAAAUUAUACGUCUGAAUCUACAUUUAGAAACUCAAAGUACCAAAUAGGAUUAGAACAACAGUCUCUCUCAGUCAUAAAAAUAUAUUGAGUAAUCAAAACUUCAAAUUCAGUCAAAUGGUUUAUAAAACCGCAGUAAUUAUUUUGAUAGAGAAAAUGAGAACGAUUCCAUAUACCUUAAAGUCAAACACGUCUCUUAUAAUGUGAACUAAAUUCUUGUGCAGCUUUAGACUAACUAGUCAGAAAGAUUACUCUACAGAAGAACCUCAGUUUAUAAGUGAACAUUUGUUUUCUCUAUAUUAGAGUGGUCUAUUCAAAGAUACCAACUGUAUUUUUCAUAAGAAUGAUUACAUAAAGAUGAGACAUCAAUUUAUACACCAAGUAGAAGAACAUAUAUUCAAAAUCUCAUCCAAAUGAAUGAAGUUCUCAUGAAUUUCCUUGUUCUUCUUUUAAUUUGGAACAGACCAAGCACGAAAUUCAAACUUUUUGCACGCAUGUUUUGCAUGUCAUUUGCUUAUCUGACUUCAAGGUAAACAUGAAAAUAAUAAAUGAAGUAUUUCUGUAACAGAGAGACAAAAGCAAAAGGCCUGAACCUCAAACAGCCUUUUGUUUAAGGUAUAAAUAAUACAUUUAGUGUGGGCUAACUUUGCAGAUGGUUUAAAUGUAAAUGUUUUUCAUAAUGAAAUCAAGAAAAAUCAAGAAUGUCUCUUGAUGUACGUGAGUCUUUCUUUAUGUAUUUAUGACUAAGAUUUGUUUCAAGGUUAAAUUAGCCAUAGUUUUACCAAAUAGACAAGUUUGCAAGUACUAGCAAAAGUUCGACAUCCAACCUGCCGUAUUCAAAUGUUGCUGCUAAUUUUGCACACUAUGUGCUAACAGGAACUCUUCUAUUCUUAAAUUAAAAUAAAUGGAACUAACAGUCAAGUGUUGAAUUUCCAACUUCAGGAAAUGAAAGUUUUGAAUGUUUGAUUUUUCAGAUUCCUCUACUGUCACAAUGGAGUUUAGAUGGAUCACUUUAAUUCUUGUCACUCUAGCAGGACCAGCGAGUACAAACACAACAGCUCCAACCACAAUCACAACAACAGCAGCUCCAACCACUCCAGCUCCAACCAAACCAAAGACUACUCCAACAACACCAACUACUCUUGUGACGACUACAACUACAACAACUGAAGCUCCUCCUCCAGUGUUUGUUGUUGCAGCAACUGUGGUUGAACCAUUUGUUGAAGAGCUAAAUGACAGAAGUAGUGUGCAGUUCAAAGCUCUUGAAGUAAAAGUGAUAGCAGUGUAUGAUAUCAUCUACAGCGCAAGAUAUGGAAUUCUCUUCAUCCGGAGUUUUAUCGUUUCCUUCAAACCAGCCUUCACCAGAUUUCGAAUGAAUGGUACUCAAGCAGAGGUGGGCGUAGAGUUCAAUAAAACCACACCAGCUCAGACAAUCCCAAAGGCUGAAGAUGUUCAAGCAACACUAAAGGAGGCUGUGAAUAACCCCAACACCACUUUGAAUGUCACAUUCGACGUGAAUUCCAUUCAAAUAAUAAGUGUACCUGCAACUUCAGCCCCAAUAGUUUUGCAAAAUACAACAACUACAACUAAUGAAACUACUGCAAACAUCACAACUGGAGUGGCAACAACAACACCUGGAACGUCAACUGCCAGCAAUGCAACAACUACAACUAAUGAAACUACUGCAAACAUCACUACCGGAGUGGCAACAACAACACCUGGAACGUCAACUGCCAGCAAUGCAACAACUACAACUAAUGAAACUACUGCAAACAUCACUACCGGAAUGGCAACAACAACGCCUGGAACGUCAACUGUCAGCAAUGCAACAACUACAACUAAUGAAACUACUGCAAACAUCACUACCGGAGUGGCAACAACAACACCUGGAACGUCAACUGCCAGCAAUACAACAACUACAACUAAUGAAACUACUGCAAACAUCACUACCGGAGUGGCAACAACAACACCUGGAACGUCAACUGCCAGCAAUGCAACAACUACAACUAAUGGAACUGCUGCAAACAUCACUACCGGAGUAGCAACAACAAAACCUGGAACGUCAGCUGCCAGCAAUGCAACAACUACAGCAGUUACAACCAUUACAACAAAAACCACAACUGUGGUGCAAACAGUAAGGCAGCUGACCUUUAGGUCUCCCGGAGAGACCUUUACAACUGAUUUGCUCGACUCGACCUCAAUAGCAUUUAAAAACCGAGCUGCACUUUUAAAGUCAACUCUUGAACCAUUCUACAAGCAAUCAUUUUCUUCAUUCAGUGAUCUAACAGUGAAGUCUUUCAGAAGCGGCUCAAUCAUCAAUGAAAUGGAGCUUCGAUUUGUAUCUGCAUCUGCUCCUACUGGCUCCGAAAUUGCACAAGUUUUGGUCAAGGCGGCUUCAAACAUCACUGCCUUCACCAUUGAUGCUGCUAGUAUUUUCGUCGAUGGCACACAAGUGUCAAGUGGAGUAAGCCACAAGAUCAGUCUCAUCCUGGCUUUCUGCAUGGUCCUGUUGUCAUGGAUGCUGUCAAACCAACACUAACAUCUCUGCUAAUUUCUAGUGGAUGAUCUGCUUAAAAAUUAUUCUAAGUGGAAACCACCCAA